GUCGGCCUAGCCUCCCUUAUCGGGGGACUCAUUAUCUGCAGUACUGCCUGCAUACGUCAACCCGUUUCAGACAUCCGAACUGCUUGAUCAGCCGGCAGUGAUGGCGAUCAUUGUAGAUCUAGACGAGGAAUCUGAACCUCCUCAGACACAGCCAGUAGGCGCGUAUGGCGAAUGGAACAAUGAAAGGACCAAGCUGCAACUUCAACAAGAACUCCUCGCCGCUGUGAAUACCAAUGCACAAGCUCGGGACAGCUCGGUUGUCGAUGACGACACCCGGGAUUCCGCUGCCGAUAAGGGCAUGUCUGAGAAUUCGAACAGGACGCGAAUGACAGAGGCCCUCGCGUGUUAUCCCAUUGCCAUAGCGAUCGUAGCAUGGCUUGACCUAAACUCCCUCGACAACCUCUCGAGAACAUGUCGCCAGAUCCGCUCAAACCUACUACAGUACCGCGGGCCCCUGGUCACGCACACGAUGCACUGCUACAAGGAGCACCCCCCGCUCGAACCUGAAGACAACGAGAUGAAUUGGCAUUAUAUGAGCAUAAGCGAGGGUUAUAGGCGCAAGGGAACCUGUGCCCGGGACCUCGUGGCCGAAUGUCGGCGGUGCGCCAGGCCCGUCUGCCGUAACUGCAUCAUCCGGUCCCCAGGAGCAUCGACCUUCCGCGAGAGACACCGCCGGCUCUGCAUCCCGUGCACCAAGGCACCCCUCGCAUCGCUGGCGAACCCGCCCCUGCUGCCCAGCACCUCGAUCGUCGCAGAUGAGAUGCAGCGGGCCAUCUGCACGUGCGAAAGCGAUUGUGUCUGGCUCUGCCACCCAUGCGGACGGAACAUAAUCGGCGCAGACCAAGACUACAGGUCAAUCUGGCGCUGGCGGAACCAAUACGGCGAAGUCCUCGGCGGCACCGGCAUAGGCGAAGGCGACAGGGGCGUCAUCUGCGGACGCGAAGCCGCGUGCCUAGGAGCGAGGGAAGUCGCCGAAGAAACAGACUGCGACGCAGCCGACGCGCGGGAGCAAGAGCACCAGCUCUCGCUGCACCACUACUCGGCGUCUCCGUCGUCGACGCCGUCGCCAUCGUCCUCGUUCACCACGGGCUCGCCCCUGAGCAGCGCCAGCGCCAGCGAGUACAGCGUCGGGGGCCACCGCACGCCCAGCCCGCCGCACUCCGUCGGCUUCGCCGUGUCGAGCUGCGGCACCUUGCGCCCGGGCUACGCGCGCCACGAGAUCGAGGGCAUCGGGGGCGUCGUCAAGACCAAGCUGGUGCGGAUGAUGCGCGUUGGCGCCUGUGUGCCUGAGUGGGAGGACGAGCGGAACGGCGGUCGGAUCCUCGAGCGCGAGGUCUCCGGGCGGAAGCGCAGUUGGUGCGGGUGGUGCUGGAGAGUCAUACCUGGAGCCAAGGAUGUUUCCGGGGCUAAAAUGGUUGAAUCGACGUGAAACGUCUAUAUAUGCAUGGGUCAAGGAAGCGGUAGGAAUCUCUGGCGUUUUGUUUUAUUCUUUAUUAUAGGUAGGUAGGUAGGUAGGUAGGUAUAUGGUCAUUUAUGGAUAGGGAAAUACUCAGGUAAAACAUGCAUUUUUCAAUGGGUCGAUUUCUUCUUGAAUUUUUGUCUUGUAUUGAUUGAGUCUUAUACAAUGAGAUUAAGUACAACCAUUGGCACGUGGCCAGACAUCGUGUUGCGCUGCGACAUGUUUGGCGUAACAAGCUUG